AUGCUUCUGUUGCCGGGGUGGUUCCUGUAUCUGUUUGUGACGUCACGGGGUGAAGCCAAGUGGGUAGAAGGGAGGAUCGAUACCAAGGAUAAUUGGGCAUUCCUCGCACGCUUCUGUUUUCUAUCGUUCGAGGGUCAGUUUGAGUACCUGAUCGAGUAUGAGAAGGAGAUGGGUAUACCCAACUUGCUGCUGUAUUAUGACGAUGACAGUCAGUGGCCUGCGGUCUACCACAGUAGUAAGUCUUGCAAAGAACGCGAGGACGUGUUAAACAGAGGUGGUCAGAAUCAGAUAGUAAGACUGUCACAUUGGUACCCAGAAACUGAAUUCUCUGGUUGUAUACUCAGAAAAGCAAACAGGGAGCUGCCUGCUUCUAAAAGUACAUCAUCGACUCAAAAUCCAGCAACAACAACUCCAAAACCCAAAAAUAAAAAUUCGACAAAUCUAUUACCACCUGAACCAUCAUACUACGACCAGUUCUUGAAGACCACUCCUCGAGAUGCAAGACCCAUCCCACCAGAUGUCAAUACAACUUGGUAUGAGUUACUGCCGACUGAUGACUUCAACUUUACCACCACUAUGGUACCUGAAGAAGAGUUGUGGGAGAGCAUCAGUCCAGAGCAGAAUGGCAGCCAUUUUGGGAAGUUAAAUGACGUCGAAAUCUUGUUCGAUAACGAAAAUGGGAAAAAGCACAAAAUCAAACGCUCCCUGGAUUUAUAUGAACGUUUCCGACGCCGUCGUAUCCACGCUGAGUCAAAGCAUCCUGGAAGUACGACUGAGAAAGAGAAGCUGCUGGUUUCCUGUCACAAUUCGAGGAGGUUCAGGUCUGCGAGAGAACGGUGGUGGUUCAUAGCGAUAAGUAACUGUGAGAAUGACAAGGGUCUUGACGUGAAAUACAAAUUCCUGAUGACGAACGGCCCGGAUGGUGACUUUUGGCAUGAGCAUUUUUCUGCUGACGAGUUCUAUGUUCUCCCAGUACUUUUGGCGUAUACAUUCGCGUACGUAAUAGUGAUGAUCGCCGUAGUGAUGUGCAGUGUCGAAUUGAAGUCUCGACAUUUAUUACACUCGACGUACAAGUUGUUCCUUUUCUGCGUAGUGGCUCAGCACUUCGGUAUAACCCUAAACGCGCUAUCGUACAUCAGCUACGCAACUCAUGGAACUGGUAGUGAAAAUGCCAGGAUUGUUGGUCAAUUCAUCUGCGGUGUCUCGGAGAUGACGUUUAUACUUCUGAUGGUGCUAAUGGCUAAGGGCUACACUAUCACACGGGGUCGCCUUAAAGUUGGUUUCACCGUCAAACUGACAGUGUUCAUGUGUUGUUAUAUUGUCACAUAUAUUGUGCUCUUCGUUUAUCAGGCGAAGGCUUUUGAUCCAGGAGAAGUGCUAUAUCUGUAUGAGUCUCCAGCUGGAUAUGGACUCAUUGUGUUGCGGAUCACAGCCUGGUGUAUGUUCGCCUAUUCCACCUUCUUUACUGUGAGGAAAUAUCCGGAGAAGAACGUAUUUUAUUGUCCAUUCUUCAUCUGUGGCACACUGUGGUUCUACGCGGGACCGUUGUUCAUUUUAACAGCUAACUCUUAUAUAGACAAAUGGGUGCGGGAGAGCGUCGUGACAGCCGUUUUGCUAUUCAUAUCAUUCAGUGGACACAUUAUGUUUUUGAUUUUAACACUUCCAGUGUUCGCUAACAAGAACUUCCCCUACCACGUCAGAACUACGCAGAUUGGUGUCAUGGAGGUGACUGGAAAUUCAGCACUAGAUGGGUUUGGUCCAAACGCAUACCACCCGACGAACGCUCCGCCACAAACUGUCAUCAUUCCGCUCACUAGAAGAACAGAAGAGCUAAUAGGCAAUAUGUACAGUCAAUACAUUGCUUCAGCUCCUCCACUAUCUAUAGAAGAUCAGCUACCAAAAUUGAACGGUUUUUCCAAGAAGAAAGAAAUUUCACCAAAACAUCGUCUUCUAUCGCAAGACAGUACUGAAACAAAUUCUUCAGCAGAUAUAAAACCUACUUUAACUAAAGGUGAACCUCCGAAAGAAAUAUUCACUGUUGAAAGUCAAAUUUCAAAAAUGGAACAUCAAGUGUUGCCAGCCGAAAAUAUUACAUAUGAGUUACCAGAAGAUAAAAAUAUACUAAAUUUAGAGAAUGGAGAUCUGCCGCUCGUUUCAAGAUCUAGAAGGAAUUUGCUGGAGCCGAUUAAGAGAGAAGAUAAUGUGCCGUCUUGGUCUUUAGCAAAGGGUCCAUGUAUUGUAGGAAUGCAGAGGAAAGCUAAGAGUGCAGAUGAAGAUGUACCAGAGGUCAAUAACCAUCUCAUUAAUGGCCGUAAGGUGCCACCAGUCAGAAAUGGUCUGCAACCAAGUUCUGGAGAGAUCUCCACUAUACACGAAGGCAGGAUCCAAAGUUACAAAAACAACGUCAGUAAGGCGACAAUAGAUCUCUUUAGUGUAGGUACCAAUAAGGGUUGA